CUGUACGUCCUAACCGUAUACAAUAUCAUUAAGGGACAACAACUGUAAACGAUGUCUCCGAUUUCAGCUCUCUUUACCGACAACACAAUACUAAUCAAUGUUAAACCUUACGCAGUUAUCGUUCUCAUAGCCAUCUUAUCGAUUCUGUGGUACUUCUUGAAACGCUCCCCGCAUCCGCCUCUACCGCCUGGACCGCGAGGGCUACCUAUUGUCGGAAACCUUCCCUUUCUUGACCCGGAUCUUCACACAUACUUUACAAACCUCGCUCAAAGUUACGGUCCAAUCUUCAAACUCAAUCUUGGUUCAAAACUGACCGUCGUGGUCAACUCUCCAGCACUAGCUCAAGAGAUAUUUAAAGACCACGACAUCAAUUUCUCAAACCAUGACAUCACUCUCACAGGCCGAGUGGUUACCUAUGGCGGUCUUGACCUUGUUUUGUUACCAUACGGUGCCGAAUGGAGAAUGCUUAGAAAAGUUUGCGUUCUCCAGCUUCUUAACCGAAAAACUUUGGAUUCUUUCUACGAGUUUCGAUGCAAAGAGAUCCGGGAAAGAACGAGAUACUUGUACCAAAGAGGUCAAGAAGAAUCACCAGUCAACGUCGGUGACCAGAUCUUUUUGACGAUGAUGAACCUCACGAUGAAUAUGUUAUGGGGAGGUACGGUGAAAGCAGAUGAAAUGGAGAGUGUUGGAACAGAGUUUAAAGGAGUUAUUUCUGAAAUAACUAGGCUUUUGGGGGAGCCUAAUAUUUCUGAUUUUCUCCCAAUGUUAGCAAGCUUUGAUCUUCAAGGACUUGUGAAGAAGAUGCAUGUGUGUGCUCGAGAGCUCGAUACCAUACUUGAUAAAGCCAUCGAGCAGAUGCAACGACUAAGAAGUAGGGAUGGUGAUGAUGGUGAAUGUAAAGACCUCUUGCAACAUUUGAUGAAGUUAAAGGACCAAGAAGCCGACUCUGAGGUUCCCAUUACACUCAACCAUGUCAAAGCCGUACUAAUGGAUAUGGUAGUUGGUGGUACAGAUACAACAACCAACACGAUAGAGUUUGCGAUGGCCCAACUAAUAAGCAGCCCAGUUUUAAUGAGGAGAGCGCAACAGGAGCUAGACAAAGUUGUAGGCAAAGACAACAUAGUUGAAGAAUCACACAUCACUAGUCUUCCUUACAUAGUCGCCAUUAUGAAAGAAACACUUAGACUUUAUCCAACCAUUCCUUUGCUUGUCCCUCAUCGUCCGACUGAAACCGCGGUUGUGGGCGGCUACACCAUUCCUAAAAACGCUAAUACCUUCAUCAACGUUUGGUCUAUUCAGAGAGACCCAAAUGUGUGGGAUAAUCCGACUGAGUUUCGUCCUGAGAGGUUUCUUGAUAAUGAGUCUUAUGAUUUCAGUGGAACAGAUUAUAGGUUUAUUCCAUUUGGAUCUGGACGGAGAAUUUGCGCGGGUAUAGCACUCGCUGAGAGGAUGGUUUUGUACACUCUCGCGACAUUAUUACAUUCGUUCGAUUGGAAGAUACCGGAAGGACAAGUGUUGGAUUUGAAAGAGAAGUUUGGGAUUGUCUUGAAGCUCAAAACGCCUCUUGUUGCCUUGCCCAUUCCAAGAUUAUCCGAUUCGAAUCUUUAUUUAUAAAAGCUUAAAUCGUAGAAACAAUCCCUUAAAAGUUAUAUUAAUUAUUAUUACUAAUGUACAAUAGAAAAAAAUAUUACUCCUUUUUUAGGGGGUAAAGGUAAAUGUAUUUUUUUAAGUUUUACUCAUUAUAAAGUUUGUAACUAAAACAAAACAUCCGUUUGCAAUAAAACAUUAUUGAA